CUGUUGUGUUCUGCUUCGUAUAAUUGUCCUGUCACAAAAACUUAUGAAUGAAAAGUACGCCUAAUAUAGCAUUGAGGGUACGUCACUUGUAUUGUACACUCAGCUGCAAGUGCAUUCCCUGCGCAUUAUGGGUGGUCGCUCACGUACGAAAGGGAUGACUAGUUAGGGCACGGGUUUUAUAAUAAUGUAUCCAAUGAAAGCUCAACUAAAUUAGAGGUUACGGAACUUUUUGUAUCCCCUGCCUGUUUAAGAGCCAUGGCGUAGUGAGAAGCAGACCCUGCAGGGGAAGCAAAUGCUUUAUUUAGAAAACAAAUGCUUUAUUUAGAAUAGUGACGUAUGGUGGUGCGCAAUAAUAAUCGUCUGACAAACCCAGUCGGUAUGCGCUUUGCUCACAGUACGACCUGCCAGUCAGUGACGUUAGUCGGGGAAACAGGAGCACUCCAUAUCGUAAGAGAAUCCAGAGACACUUUUUGUAACGAUGACUACCUACGUGGCUGUGACUCAGCCUGUCGGCCAGCAGCAACUGGUGUCGAUGCAACCAGCUCCCGUUACUUUCAGCACGGUGAACCCACAGCCUCGAAGCGGUGCCUGGAAGGGUAUUCUAUGGACAGGAAUAAUUCAAGUGGUUUUGGGUUCCUUGACAACCAUUCUGGGGAUUGUCACACUGACAGUAUUUGGCCCUGUGUUCAUGUAUCUUGACGUCGGAUCCCCAGCUUGGUGCGGAAUCUUGUUCUAUGUAGUCGCUGGAAUCUUGGGGACAUUGUCUGGAUGUAAGAAGAGUUCCGUUGUGGCUAUCGGCUACAUGGUUAUGUCCAUCUUGGCUUGUCUGGCUGCGUGCUGCGUCAUUGGUUUUGGUGCUUACAUGAUGGCAUUCGUCAAUUCAUUCUGCCGACCUAGGGGCACGUUCUUGACUGACCUCUGUGAUUUGAAGGCGGCUGUCAAUGGUGUUUAUGGUACACUGAUAAUUCUCGCCUUAGCGGAGUUUGUUGUCGCCAUCGUUGGUGCUAGCAUGACAUGCGGUCCACUCUGCAAUGGUGGAUCAACAACCCAGACAGUGAUCCAAUACCAAGCUGUUCCACACGUGGUGGCUGCUCCUCAGCCCCAGGGUCCGGUCUUGUACAACAUACCCACUGGCCAGCCACAAGUUGCCUACCCAGCCCAGCAGGUGCAGUACCCACAGGCUCAAGCGUCCCCAACCGGUGAGCAACAGUGCCAGGAUCUCAUUAAGUAGAUCAUCUAUGACCUUUGACCUGAUGCAUUCAUGAUAUUCGGGGCUGGACUUGCUCAUAUUUAGCUGCACGUGGUUGCACGUGUACAUGAUGGAAAAUGUGUUGCAUUUUUCAAUGGUCAUGCACAUCAAAUGAAAGUUCGAAUCUUGGAGUUGCAUCAUUUUUGUAUAGAGUGCCGAUUAGUAAAUGAAGAUUAGUAUUAAGGUGUUCAUAUAUUUACUCAAAAGCUGUUGUUACAUUACGGCAGUGUAUACAUUUUUAUUAAAAUUUACUAAUACAUUGUAAUGUUCCAUUCCCGAAACACGGCCUCGGCUGUAGACAUUGGCUACAUUUUUUUUGAGUUCCCAAAGCCAAGGUUUGGGGUGAUUGGAUUGAUUUUUUUUUUCAGUCGCAUCAAAAAAGUUGAAAGCCAUAACCAAAGUCUUUGUGUUUAAUUUGUGCAUUCGAGACUUGCUCACGAGCUAAAUCCCAAACUAUAUGUAGUUGGCACUUUAAAAUUAAAUAAAGGUGAUGCCCUCGAAUCAGGGUACCAGAAACAUAAUGAAGGAAGUAGUUUGGUGUUUGUUGGUGUUGUUUGAGAUGAGUCUUAAAAAAACAAACUUACUAUGGUAUUAGAGGUGUUCGACUUUAUGUAUGACUUGGCAGAACUUUACAUAGGCCUAAUUAUAACAUAUAAACUUAUACUCUGUACAGCACUUAAAGAAUGACUUGCUACCUUGAAUUUGACCCCCCCCCCCAAAAAAAAAAGAACCAUACAAUAGACGGUUCAGAAGGCCUAAUUUUCCUGUACAAACCCCUGUGAGAUUCCAUCCCCUCUCUCAAAACAUUCGGUUCCAGAAUUCUGACUUGAUUAAGCUGACCGGUCUGGUUGAUCCCUCUUCUAAUACCGACUUAAUCAGGGUGGGCGUUCUUUUCAGAACGAUCAACGUACUUGAGCAAAGAAAAGGUUAAGCCUAUUAUUAUGCAAUACCUCGGUGACAGAUUUUACAUUAUGAAUGUUUUCGAAUAGUUAAAUUGUGCUUUGGGAUAUAAAUCAGUCACUGUUACUUUUACGAAUCUAGAUCGUGCUCAGUAACUAUCGGUGUCAGUGACUAUUCACAUUUGUCUAUUUAUGUAUACGUGUAUACUCACUUUGGUGUUGCUAUUUGUAUCCAUGAGCUAAUGACAAUAAUUAUCUCCCAAGGUAGAGCUGAUUGUUGACCAGAACUUUAAAAUGUUAUCCUACGCUGUUUGCAACAGAACUGCCGUAAGGGCUGAACAUUUAGUUAUAAUUAUUUUAUGCUGCUAAAACGUAUUCCCAUUUCAGGGAUGCUUUCUAUACAACAACGUCCUUAAGUGUUAAGAAACCACAUUUGGAAAAGGGAUUAAAACUAGAAAUAGUCAGGAUAUCACAAUCAUUUGUCUUUAAACUUAAUGGAUUUUUUUGUAAUAGUAAAGUUC